AUGUCGUCCACCAGCAACGCCUCCAUUGACAAGUUCAACGGAGACAAUUACGCAACGUGGAGCUGGUACAUGCGCGGUGUGUUUUUGACGAAGUCCGUCUGGCACGUUGUCAACCGUGAAGUGACUCCGACUUUCACCGACCCGCGAGCGUCCGAUGGCUACGUCAAGGCAAGCAACGUCGCGUUUGGUAUGAUGCUGCUGCACAUGAACGCGGACUACCAUCAUGUGCUGGACAACUGCGAGGAAGCCUGGGUUGCGUGGACAAGUCUGAAGACGCUGUACGGUGGGUCGCAGAAGGCAGGACGCAUCUACCUCAAGCGACAACUUUUCAGUAUCAAGAUGGCUGAAGGCGCGAACGUCAUGCAUCACUGCAACGAGGUCCUCAACAUCUCCGCCAAGCUUAGCGGCAUCGGUGCGAAGAUGGAAGACGAAGACGUUGCAAUUUGUCUGCUACUCAGUCUUCCGAAGAGCUACGAAAAUGUGGUGCUCAACAUGGAAAUGAGCAUCACCGAGCUUCGCACUCAAGAUGUGGUGAGAGUCCUGACGAAUGAGCAUGCCAAGCGUCAAGGAGAAAAAGGGACAACGACAGCGACUACGGUGAAGGCUGAAGAUGCAAGCAAGGCAUUCAGCGCCGAGCGUGAGCCCUACCAAUGCACGUAUUGUGGCAAGGUGGGACACACGGUGGAUCGUUGCUGGACAAAGCAGAAAAACGAAGGUCGGGGAGCCCGACGCGGCGGCAAUGGUCGUGGACGCGGGGCUGUUGACGGUCAUCGGUUUCUACCAGUAUUGGUAACCGUGACCGGUCCAAUCCGAACCGCCUGUUCAGCUUAG